CUGUAUACGGUAACACUGAUAGCCAUUUUUUACUUCAAGCGCAUCUUUUUGAUUUUGUAGGAAAUUUUUGUAAAUUAAUAGUAAAUGAGCAAAUCGCUGCUCAUGCAAACAUGUCGCAUGCACUAUUGGACGAGGAAACCUUGGAGACACUGGCCUACGAGCGCUCCAAAAGCUGGGCCAACAUGAUGAAGAGGUGCGGGGAAAUCGGCGAUGGCGAAGAAUUGGACUUUAGCGACAUGGAGCUACUGUAUAAAAGAGAGGAUAGAGACCCCGAUGUGCAGGAGGAUGAGGAGGCGGCCGAAGAUGAUCUAAUGGAGGAGGACUUGGACAUGGGAAACAUAAAUACAAAGACAGCUAUGAGCAAGGCGGAGCUGACGAUCCUUUUGUGCGCGGGAGAGAACAAAGAAAAAACGGCCGAGAUGGAGGAGAUUCUGAACCAAACGAUGCCCAUUGUCCAGGAGCACAAGCGCAAGUGGAAGGCGGCCGGGCUGGACAAAAUACUGGACACCUUCGAUGCGCAAAAAAUCGAAAAACACGUGGGCCAAUGGAUGCGCCGAAACAAUAGUCAGGAAAAAAGCUCCCAAAGGUACGACUUAAGGCAUGACCGUUCGAAUUCCGAUUCCAGCGACAGCGAGUCGCUGCACUCCGUCGAGACGGCCCGCUAUAUAAUGCAGAGUCGCCAGCGUAGUACACCCAUCUCCAAGGUGACCAACAUGAGCACAAUCAAAAUGUAUCGCACACACUCGUGCAAGCGCGACGAGCUGCGUGCCAAGUACGCCUACGACGAUGAACAGGAGCACCGCCAUCACAUGCAGGCUUUGCUACAUAGGCGUCGUGAGAGGGAGCGGAAGCUGGCCUACCUCACCAGCAGUCCCAGGCACUUCUCUCACAGUAGCAGCCGCAGCCAUAACUCGCGCCACAAGCAUCUACGCAAGCGUCGCGUUGAUUCAUCGUUCUUUGGUUCGCCCUCGAGCGAGGACGAGGAUACCACCUUAAACGGAUGCGAUUGCCGAUCGUGCCUAAGACGUGUGCUGACGAGAAGCGCGUAUGAAUACUGCUCAUAUCGCGGCCAGCUCGAAUAUCAUCCCCAAUCAGCAUCAUCACGAUCCAUGCACCGCAUGCGCCGUCAAAAUAGCUUCCAGGAGGACCUGCGUCCGCGCCUCAUGGAAAACGAGUGCAGCUGCUGCAACAGCGACCGACUGUGCUCCAACGUGGUGCACAUUGCCAACACCUCAACGGAGGAAUGGGUUGUGGAGAACUGCAACAGUCCCGUACUCACAGAGACGCCCACCAAAUGCAGCAAUCUUCUGAAAUGCGUGCAGAAACAUUUCACUGUAAGGAAAACACCACAGACCACAGUUCGCUCCAAGUGUCGUGACCGUGGCAAGGGUCAAUCCCCGCAUAAAUUUAUAAAAAAGUCAGCGCCCCUUGGAGCAUCCCAUACUCCAAGGCGUCAGAGGACUCACCACAGACAUUUGAUUGCCGGCGACACUUCCGAUGAAGACGAGCGACUGGAGCGCAGAAAACCAUUGAGUGGCUCGGAGGGAAGGAGCACACAUGCUCUAGCAAUCUCAUCUGCGCAAAAGGCUCCCAAGAAGAAAGCUAUUUUAUCAAUCAAGUCGACGAGUUUGCCUCCAAUCACCGAAAUCGAGGCCAAGACAAAAAAUGUUGAAAACGAAAGACAAGCUAUCAGCAAGCUUCCCCCCAAAAUUGAGAUUGUAGUAAGCGAUUCUUCGGAUGAAAAAGAAUUCCUAGGUAAAAGCCGUUUAAUGAGUUUUUCGGAGCAAAAAGAGAAAAAGGUGGCCGAAAAUAUAAAAGCAGUCAAAACAUCGAAACAACCAAUAAUGUCUUCUGCAGAAAAGGCGCCGAAGAAAAAAGCUGUAUUGUCCGGCAAGUCAAAGAGUUUGCCUCCAAUCACCGAAAUCGAGGCCAAGACAAAAAAUGUUGAAAACGAAAGGCAAGCUAUCAGCAAGCUUCCCCCCAAAAUUGAGAUUGUAGUAAGCGAUUCUUCGGAUGAAAAAGAAUUCCUAGGUAAAAGCCGUUUAAUGAGUUUUUUGGAGCAAAAAGAGAAAAAGGUGGCCGAAAAUAUAAAAGCAGUCAAAACAUCGAAACAACCAAUAAUGUCUUCUGCAGAAAAGGCGCCGAAGAAAAAAGCUGUAUUGUCCGGCAAGUCAAAGAGUUUGCCUCCAAUCAGCGAAGACAAAGAUGUAGCAAAGUCUGUGAAAGGACUGACGCCUGACGUUGGCAGGAUCAAGAGCGUUUCUUCGGAAGAUGAAUUAAAAAAGAAGAGGCCAGCCGUCCUCUCAAAAAAGACCACAGAUAUCCCAGAAGAAAUUGUCCCCAAUAAUGAGCCUUGUGCAAAUGGUACAGCAAUUACCGGCUCUGAAGGAGACAAGAAGAUCGGAAAAACGCCCAGGCAAAAGCGAUUGAAACCCAAAUCUGCCGCCAAGAAGAAAGACAAUUUAAAGGAAGUGGUUCAUUCGCCUGAUUCCCAAUUCCCAUCCAAUGAACAUCCAAAGCUAAAGAUACCACUGAUAAAACUGAAGCGAUGUUUCGCGCUAAAGAAUGCCGAAGCAGCCAGUGCCGUCCACUCUGAUGAAGAUAUAAAACUGAAGAGAAAUGGCCAAAAUACGAUGACAUUUAAUGACACGGAAGAGGAGAUGGAGCACGUCCUGGCCUUGUCCAAGGAAACAUAUAGUAAGGAGCAGUUGAAGCGCCGAGCAGACCAAAAGACCAAGGCGAACCUGCAAUCGACAGAUCAGACAAAGAAGCAGUCUCCAUUGCAGUCUCUCUUUCACAAUAACAGCGUGGCCUGCAACUCCACCGCCCUGGUCAAUGAUACGGCCUGUACUCGGGCUCUUUCCAACAAACUGAGUGUUAAAAAGCGCUUUGACGUGAGCAGCUCAGAGCAGAAGACAAAGGUCGACACAAAUAUUGUAAUUAAUUCAGCAACGGAGAACUCCGAAGCGGACUGCACUGUGGUGACAUCCACAACCAGCUGUGAGACAAAAGAGGCAAAGCCGCCGCCGCUUAAAAUCACCAAGAGGGGCAUACUGCUGCACAGGAGCUCCUCAUCCGGAACGGGCAAGUUUAACCUCACCGAGCUGGACCUUGGGCGGAUCAUUGGAGAGCGGCGGGCCAAAAAGUAUCUCAAGUACCACAUUGGCACUCGAAGCUUCGACAGCCGCCACUCGGUUUAUUAUCGCCCUACUCCCAAGCUGGCGGCCGCUCUGAGUGCCAGCCCGGACUCUGCCCAAACUCUGGUGCACGACUUACACACCUCCAGUUCCUCUUGCUCCAGCGAAGACGACAUCUUUGAGCACAUUCAGCGUUAUGGUGAAGUGUACAGCGUUCUGGGGGAUCCCACAGACGAUUGAUGCGCCAGUUAUAAAUAUAAGCUUACAUAUACCGUUACCUUAAUUAUUUGUUUGUAACAAUUGUUCUUUAGUUCGUAUUUGGGUGUGUUUUCAAAACAUUCAUAAAGAAAGUAGUGAAAAAUAUUUUUAGAUUUUGUUUGAUUUAUUUCACGUAAAUUACAUGUCGAUAGGUGAUAAUAAAAAACAUAAUACGUCAUAAUCAUAAUAAUCCAUCAUAAAUGUUUUCUUAAGUAUUAAAUAAUUGUUUAAGAGAUUUAUUCGCAUUGCAAUAGUAGUACUGUAACUUCUUGUGUGCCCAACAAAUGUGUCUGAAUAUCCUUUUCAUUUCCUUUUCUCAUUUAGUUAGCGAGUAGUUUUAUUAAAUCAAUCUGUAUUGAGCUUUGCUUUGCUUAUUGCUUAGUCGAUGUAUUCACAAGAAAACAUAAACAAGUUAAAUAAAAUUUAAGGUAAGAUUUAUAAGGUGAAAAAUGGCGCGUUUUACCUUCUCGAGUCGAAACAAAAACGAAAAAAAAAAA